AUGGGUUCCUAUUCUCCUACUCUGCGCUCGUCGUACGACUUCAUCAUAUGCGGUGGUGGUACUGCGGGCUGCGUCGUUGCUGGUCGACUCGCUGAAGAUAAGAACGCGAGCAUUCUCCUGAUCGAGGCUGGCCCUCACAAUAAAGAUCUGGAGAACACCCACAUGGUGGGAGGAUGGUCCCAGAACUUCGACAAGGAGACGGACUGGAACAUUGUCGCUGAGAAAGGCUCUGGCAUUGAUGGGCGCCAGGUGAAGCUGAGCCGAGGCAAGUUCCUCGGAGGUUCUUCUGGUUGCAAUGGAACCCUUGCCAUUCGAGGCUCCAAGCAGGACUACGACGACUGGGGCAUGCCCGGCUGGAGCGGCGAGGAAUUCUUCAACUACAUGAAGAAGGCCGAGUCCUUCCAAAACAAACCAUGGUUCGAAGCAUCCAAGGACAGCCACGGCUACAAAGGCCACCUCGGCAUCGAGCCCUACGAUCUCGCCCCCAUCUCCGACCUCCUCAUCGAGUCCAUGGUGUCCAAGGGCCUGCCCCUCGACCACGACAUGUUCUCCCAUGGCAAUAACCCCCAUGGCUGCGGACAUGCUCCCCGGACGCACACCGAUGGUCUCCGCACGACCGGUGCCGACUUUGUCACCAAGAAGAACGCCCGAAACAACAUUGAGAUUCUCACGGACGCCCACGUCGACAAGGCCAUCAUCGAGAACGACAAUGGCAGCCUGCGCGCCACCGGUGUGAGGGCGGUCCUCGCCGACGGCACGGUCGUCGAGGUCAAGGCGGACAAGGAAGUCAUCAUCAGCGGCGGCGCCUACUGCAGCCCCAACAUCCUCAACCGAUCUGGCAUCGGCGCCAAGGAUGAGCUCGAGAAGCACGGCAUCACCACCCUCGUUGACCUGCCUGGCGUAGGAAAGAACCUCAUGGACCACCUCAUCGUCUUCAUGUUCUAUGAGACCGAAAAGGCCGGCCUCACGACCGAUCAUCUCGCGUACCACGGCGACGCCCUCGCCAAGAGCUACCAGCUCUGGAAGGACGAGAAAAAGGGCUUCCUCUCCACCUUUCCCUUUGGCGCUUUCGCCUACGCCCGUCUCGACGACCGUCUCGCCGACUCAGAGAUCUGGAAAUCGGCGCCCCGCGAGGAGGGCCGCGACCCCAUGGGCCUGACCCCCAAGCAGCCCAACAUUGAGUUCUUCACCACGGAGUGCUACGGCGGACCAAAACAGUACGCCGACUUCCCCGUGGACAACAAGCACACGUUCAGCAUGAUUGCCGAGCUCUUUGGCCCGCGCUCGCGCGGAUCGGUGAGCCUGCCGGGCAAGGACCCCAAGACACCCCCCGUCGUGGACACGGGGUAUCUGACCGACCCGCUGGGUCUGGAUCUCGAGGUCCUGGCCGAGGCGUGCCGGCUCGGCAACGAGAUUGUCAUGGAGGGCAAGGGGACCAAGGACAUUGUCAAGGGAUCGUGGCCCGCUGAUCUGACGCACCACACGUACUCGACGAGGGAGGACUGGAAGCCAUAUGUCAAGAAGCAUGCGACCACUUGCUACCACGCCUCGGGCACUUGCGCCAUGGGAAAGGCGUCUGAUCCGAUGAGUGUCGUGGACGAGAAGCUUGCCGUGCGGGGCGUCAAGGGCCUGCGCGUCGCGGACUGCAGUAUCAUGCCCAUCCUGCACGGUGGACACACGCAGAUGCCCGCGUACGGCAUCGGCGAGAAGGCAGCCGACCUGAUCAAGGAGGCUUGGGCUUGA